AUGGCGAAAUGCCAUCGUUGGGAUGUAGCUCAGAACCCACGAUUAGCUUCUUUUAUGUUUUCGUUCUUGUGUUUUCUUCCUGCAGCGAACGUUCCCUGUACGGCUGACAGCUACCACUGCAUGGGGCAGGGAAGGCGGUGCAUCCGGCCCGGUCUUGUCUGUGACGGCACCAAAGACUGCUCUACCGGAGAUGAUGAAUUCUUUUGCCAGAUUCCUGAUGACGGUUCCUGCGUGGGACGGACUCUGUGCGCAACCGAUAACGCAUGCGUCAAUAUCAGCGCGGUGUGUGAUGGGAAGGCUGAAUGCCCUGGUGGUGGCGACGAGCUAGGAUGCAGCGAGCCCUGCCCAUUCCAGUGUCGGUGUGGAGGCUACAAUCUCGUGUGUUCCAGUGUUCCGUGGGACGAGGCCUCAGCAAGUUGGGUCUCCAGAGACACCGUCAACCUCCUCGCCAUGAAUCUUGGGAAAUUUUAUUCUAACUUGAGUCAAGUUGAUGCCAGUACUACAACUACUACAUCACUAUCAGUGAAAGACAGCAUCCAUCUGGACUUUGCUGAGUUCAAACAGCUCAAGAUCUUGACUCUGGUGCAGAUUAGAAUUGGUCACCUGGACGAGGAGUCUUUUCCUGGCUUGAAAUACGUUCACACAUUAUUAGUCUACAACAAUUGGAUUACUACAGUUCAGCCCAGAAGUUUCCAAGACAUGGCUGCGUUGACAACUUUAUUUCUGUCCGAAAAUGCCAUGACUGACCUCCCAGUUGAUGUCUUUGCCGGGUUGCGUAAUCUUCAGCAACUUCAUCUUGAUGAAAAUGUACUGAAGACUUUGCCUGCCGAUGUGUUCCUACCGCUAAAGUUGCUGGACAUAUUGAAUUUGAAGAAAAAUACAAUCGAGGCAAUUGAAUACGGCGCAUUUCGGGGUUUACUAAGUUUGAAGCAUUUAUUUUUGAGCGAGAACAACAUAACGGACCUGAUUCCUGGUGUAUUUGCACCGCUCGCUUAUUUGCAAACACUGCACCUUGACUUGAACAAUCUCAGGUUCUUGCGAAAUGGCACGUUCAGCGGCCUGCACCGGCUCGAGUACCUCGAUCUGUCAGAAAAUCCCAUCACUAUCAUUGAGAAAGGUGCUUUCACCGGCCUGUCAAGAAUAUACGAGUUCUACAUGGUUUUGAUGGAGGCAGGGAUUUCUGAUCUGCAGCGUGAGAUGUUUGAGGGGUUAGAGUCACUGAACUCUUUUUCAGCCGAUGAUCAUCGGUUCUGCUGUCUUCUCAAUGUCAGUACAGAGUGCCACACCCCACCAUCACCUUUCGCCACCUGUGAGGGCCUACUCCGCCGUACAGUACUGCGCAUGUUUAUGUGGAUCCUUGGUCUCAGCGCCGUGGUGGGCAAUAUCUUUGUCAUCUUCUGGCGGUACAAGCAGAGACACAAGGAGCCUCACAACUGGGUCCAGAUUUUCCUGAUCCUGAACCUCGCCGUGUCUGACCUACUGAUGGGUGUUUACAUGGUCAUGAUCGGCAGUGCAGACGUACACUUCGGUCAGGACUACUUUCUAUACGCUGUACAGUGGCGUUCAGCCCCACUGUGUAAGCUAGCUGGCGUUAUAUCAGUGAUGUCCAGUGAGGCUUCCACUCUUAUCAUCACCGUUAUCAGUCUGGACAGGUGCUUCUGUAUUGUUUUUCCCUACGGCAGCCUUAGGUUGCGCGUCAGGUCUGCACGGAUCACUGUAGCAAUCAUAUGGGCAGUGUCAGCCUUUUUCAGCCUCCUUCCGAAUGUCAUCGAGAAAUACGUGCCCGGGUUUUACGGCCUUUCCGAUGUAUGCGUGGGACUGCCACUGGCCACCAAGUCAGACUACAAGGCAUCCUGGCAUGAAACAGACAAUCUGACCUUCACGUUUGUCUUCGAUGAAAUGGACGAGAAGACGCCAGCCUCUUAUUACGCAAUCUUUCUCUUCAUUGUCGUCAGCCUCGUCUGUUUCGUCAUUAUCACGGCUUGCUACGUCGCCAUUUUUGUAUCCGUCAAACGCUCCUCCAAGGGCGCCACCAGGAGGCGGGAUCGUGACGAAGAGGUCAAAAUGGCGAUCAAGAUGGCGUUAAUCGUGGGCACUAAUUUUUCCUGCUGGAUGCCUAUCAUAAUCAUGGGCCUGUUGUCACAGACUGGAGCCGUGACGAUUCCGGUAAAGACAUACGCCUGGACUAUGGUAUUUGUCCUUCCCAUCAACUCUUCCAUAAACCCCUAUCUGUACACCAUAUCGACUCUAUUGACCCAGCGAUACCAGCGUCUCAAACGGUCUAAUGAGAGCUCGCAGACAGCCCCUCUUACUAGUGGUGGCUGCAACCACAGUACUCGGCGCACGUCCCUUACUGCGGUAGCAACAUCGACUAAUGUAGACAGCACAGCACAAAACAUUCCAAUGAUUAACAGAAAAUAGGCCGUGCACUGUACAGCAGCUGACUGACAACCUUUGCAGAACUGUCGUACAUGUCGAGAAAAGGUGUUUGUUGGUUGGCUCUUCAGCGCUUCGCUACCAGCGCUUCGGUGAGGCGAAUCAACAAGCGGCAGAAGGAGCGGAGUCUCGACCCCAGGAUCACGAAGGCUAGGAAGAAGAUGAGGACUGCGUACGACGCCUUCGUCAUCAACAUGGGUGGCGACGGUUGCACAAGGAGUUGUAAAACGGAAGAAAGAGGAGCUUCGCGGGGUCUGUGUCAGUGGCGUAGCCAGGAAUUUUUCAGUGGGGGCCCAUGGAGGGGGACCAGCAUGUUACGAGGGGGCACCAAGGGUGGACCCAACAACAACAUUUCCCACCAAAUUUCCAGGCCAAUGCAAGUGCUGCAAUGAUUCGAAAAGCGGGGCGUUGGGGGCUGGACCUCUUUUGAGGGCGCUUUCGCCGCUUUCAUUUCUUUUCAUGAAGCCGUGGCAGUUCAGGGAAGUCAAAUAGUGUUCGUUUUGAUAACUCAAACAUACUUUAAAAAGGCACUUCCAUGGCAAGCGGGAUAUUUCAGAUGUUUUGUGGGGCAAUUGGGAAGCACUGAUAAUUUGUGUGGGAGGCACAUGUGUGCUUUUGGAAGAGGAGGAGCUGGCUCGAAAAAU